AUGACAAUUACUGAUAUAAAAGUGUUUCUUGUAGCAUUUUAUGCCGUGUUGUUGUUGGUUAAGACAUUUGAUUUAUUGCCGCCUGACCGUUGCCCUGAUAAUGGGGUUGACGUAUCGGACAAUGUUUUACGUGGAACUGGCGUUUUUUCCGCGAUAUUUUGGUCUUCAAAAGCGUCUGACGUCAUUCAAUGUUGGCGGUUUUGUGUUCAACGAAAGCCUUGUCGAUCUUUAACGUUUGAUUACGUCAGCAAAAAGUGUAACCUUAGUACGGACACGUUAACAGAUGGAAUCAGGCAGACAGGGAGGCGUCUCUUGUACUCGGAGUUGGACUGGUUCUCAUCUGAGUUGGAACCGGACUGUUACGGACGCCCCUGCGGCGACAACCAGGUGUGUGUUCCGGGACUCCUUGCGGACGGGAACAUGAAUGGCUGCUCGUAUGCGUGCCUAAACGUAUCAGGACCUGUUUGUCCGCUUCCGGAAUGGCUAAAUGGUCCUCGGACGCCCGGCUCGAUUAACACUCUCAGUUGCAAUGCAUGGGAAGCAGGAGGAGGGACAGCAACAUGCGGCAAAGAUCUAAGGUGGAGCGCCGUGGUUAAAAAGUGCAGACCCAUUUUAAACCUCAAGUGUCAAAACGAUACGGUGUGUGCACCAAUCAACGCCCAGUGCCGUAGCGAGAGAUGUGAAUGCGAACCUGGCAUGUCGUAUAACUUCUCUGACAACCUGUGCGUUGCAGCUGUCUGUGUGAGUCCAAAGUACCUAGUGAACGGAGAAGAGCCGGUGUCGGACGCCCAGUUAAGCGCCUCGUCAGUUAUCACAAUGAAUCGAGUCAUUGUGCCAGCAAAGCCAGACUACGUGCAAGUAUUCAAGAUG